GGCCAAAAAUUGGUGCAUCGAACACAUCUCCAGUAUUGGGUGAGUAUUGUAUUCAUUGCAGCUCCGCUUUUCACCUACUUCAUAAAAUGUCAGCUAUCGGGCACUUCCGAAUGUCCGCGACUCUGUAUCAUUCCACAAUCCACUGUGUUCUGCCACAGUAAAGUAUGUGGCAUAUAAAACCUCUGUACGCGGCGACGGUCGUAAGACUUAAGUCACUACACUGAUCAUUCAGAAUGAACCCCCUCAUCUUCACCAACGUUUUUGCAUCACUUCACAUCGGUGUCAAAGAAUGCUUUUGCGGCAAACCGACUAUUGAAGAUCAUGAUUUUUGCUUUUGCUCUCCUGAAUGUGCUCGCGCGGAUUCCUUGCGCGCCCUAGGCGGUCAAGCUUUUUUUUCCCCCUCAUUUAUCGACAUUCUAGCCUGACCUGUCACGAUCAAGGUGACUGCCAUUAUCGCAACGUCAUGCAGAGUGCAUAUGCCAACUCGGAUGUCCCACAUCAUGGGCUAUCAAGGCAUAAGUCGGCGCACCAGCUUCGCAGUGCUUCAACCUCGAGGCAUGUCUCCGUGUCACAGCAUGCCGACAGAAUGAAGCCCUUGCCCACAAUUGAAGAGUCGCGGAACGAAUCCGUUGAUGCACAACAAUCCCCUCUUCCUCAGCGGACCCUCAAGCGCUCCUUGCAGUCUAAAGCAGGGCUUAACAAGAGUAUUCGUAAUUCAAUCGUUGCUCUUUUCCGCAACAAACAGGCUUCCAAGCCUGAUGCGAAGAUUCGAAGAGAGCCAUCGGUAACUGGAGCGAUCUUACAAGAAAUGGAAGAGGAAGAGGAGGAAGAGGCCGCUUUGCAGAGACGUCUGAACCACACGGAGGAUAGGUCAAAGCCCCCUACCUUGAUUCACCAUCAAGUUAGACAGACGACUGCUACUCGGCAAUCACGUAUCGUUCGUCGCUCGGCUUCGUUCGCAGGCUUGGACAACAGCAAGAGGGGAUCUGUAAUGGAGGCGGUGUUCCAACUUCGUCAAGCGUGGAACGAGACGGAAGACUUUAUGCCGGACUUUGAUGAGAGGUCAGACGAUGAGGAUUGUUAAAUCACAUUGUAGAGUGCUAUGGAAUGCUCUAGCCAGGUCCAGACCUGCGUUUGAUUGAAGAUAGAAUGUUGAAACCCCCGAUGUACGAUAUGAAUAUGAAUAUGCAACACUAUGUACUGCGCUGCAAUUACUUAUUGACUUUUAUUACACGACUACUUAUG